CUCCCAGCUGGGAACCGCAGAGGGCACUGACUGCCACCCGUACCCAGGGGCUGCAGAGGCUGGGGGGCCAUGCUGGCCAUGUCCCCAUAUCCUUGGUGUCCCUGUGGCAGGGGAGGCUGCAGGGGCAGGACAGCCUCCAGGCUGAGCACCGGGGGUCCUGCGACCCAGUGCCUGGCCAGGGGCGCUCAGCGCCGCGUCGCUUCGUCGAGACGAUGUGGGGCACGUGGAGGGCGGGGCGAUGCUGCGGCCGCCCAUCAGCCGAGGCGGGGCUGCUGGUCCUCCCCGAGCCACCGGCUGGGACACCGAAUCGAUGCCCCCUCCUGCUCGCCGGUGCAGCGAGCUCUGCUGGCGCUCACCCUCCCGCUGGAGACGCUGCAGCUGGUGAAGGGCCGCAUGCUGCGUGCCAUACGCGAGGGGCUGAGCCGGCAGACGCACGCGCAGGCCAAGGUGCAGAUGCUGCCCACCUACAUCUGCUCCACGCCCGACGGCACAGAGAAGGGUGACAUUCUGGUGGUGGAGCUGGGCCAGAGCCACGUCCGGACCCUGUGGGUGACCCUCCUUGGUGACGGAAACCAAAACCCCCAAAUGAGAGACAAGACCUUCGAUCUGCCGGCAGGCAUCAAGCAGGGCAAGGGGGAAGUGCUCUUUGACUUCCUUGCUCAAUGCGUGUCCCAGUUCCUGACAGACAUUGGCAACCCUCAGCAGCACAUUCCCUUGGGCUUCGUCUUCCCCUUCAGCUGCAGGAAGCAGCAGCUGCACAAGGCAGAACUCAUCUCCUGGUCCAAGGGCUUCAGCUGCAGUGACGUGGAGGGAAAGGACGUGGUGCAGUUGCUGCAGUGGUCCAUCAACAAACAGGAGAUCUACCACGUGGAAGUUGUUGCCCUGAUAAACAACACGGUGGGCACCAUGAUGACCUGCAGCAUGGAGGGGAAACCCUGUGAGGUCGCUUUGAUUGUGGGUUCAGGCACCAACAGCUGCUUCAUGGCCCCAGCACAUCUGGUGGAGAUGGCGGAGGAGACCAGUGGGCGGAUGUGUGUCAACACCGAGUGGGGCUGCUUUGGGGAUGACGGCACCCUGAGUGACAUCCUGACAUCUUAUGACGAGCACGUGGACCAUGAGUCCUCCAACCCUGGGGAGAGGAGGUUUGAGAAGCUGGUGGGCAGCCUGUACCUGGGGGAGAUCGUCCGGCACGUGCUGAUCGCCCUGACUGUAGAGAAAGCGCUCUUCGUUGGGAACGAUGUCACUGUCUUGAAGACCAAGGAUGCACUCAAGACCCAGCAGGUCCUGGAGAUCAUCAGCAAGGAGGAUGGCGUGAUCGAGGCGAGGAGGGCUCUGGAGGCUCUGGGGCUGCAGCCCAGCGAGCGGGAUUGCUGCCGGGUACAGCAGAUCUGCCGGGCGGUGGUGAGCCGCGCUGCUGCGCUCUCCGCUGCCGGGCUGGCUGCCAUCCUCAGCCACAUGUGCCAGACCCGGGAGCUGGAGCUGUUGGUAGUGAAUGUGGGCGUGGAAGGCGAUUUGUACCAGGGCUACAGUAGGUUCAAGGAGAUCCUGCAGGGUGUGACCGCGAUGCUAUCCCCUGAGUGCGUGGCCACCUUCCUGCCCUCCGUGGAUAGCACUGGGCGAGGGGCAGCCAUAGUAACAGCGGUGGCUUUGCGCUUGGCAGCCAAGCGUGAAGAGGUGGACCAGAUGCUGGCCCCGCUGCGGCUGAGCCGCGCUGACCUGCAGCACGUCCAGGCACUGAUGAGGCAGGAGAUGGAGCUGGGGCUGGGCAGGGAGAGCAAUGCCAACGCCUCCCUCCGCAUGCUGCCCACCUAUGUUCGCAACACACCCGAUGGCACCGAGCAAGGUGAAUUCUUGGCAUUGGACCUGGGAGGAACCAAUUUCCGAGUGCUCUUGGUGCGCGUAGCACAGGACAUUUGCAUAACCAGCGAGAUCUAUGUCAUCCCAACUGCCAUCAUGCAUGGCACCGGCGAAGCGCUCUUUGACCACAUCAUCGACUGCAUGAGGGACUUUCAGUUGAAUCAAAACCUGAAGGAGCAGGUCCUGCCGCUUGGCUUCACUUUCUCCUUCCCCUGCCAGCAGCUGGGUCUGAAUAAGGCAGUGCUGCUGAGCUGGACCAAAGGCUUCAGUGCCUCAGGCUGCGUGGGACGGGAUGUUGUUCAGAUGCUGCAGGAGGCUGCCCAGCGCAAGAACUUUGGGCUGAAUGUGGUGGCUGUGGUCAACGACACCGUGGGAACCAUGAUGUCCUGUGGCUAUGAUGACCCCAAAUGUGAAAUCGGCCUCAUCGUGGGGACAGGGACCAAUGCCUGCUACAUGGAGGAGAUGCGGAAUGUGGGCACCGUGGAAGGGGAGCAGGGCCGCAUGUGCAUCAACAUGGAGUGGGGAGCCUUUGGAGACAACGGCUGCCUGGACAACAUUUUCACUGACUUCGACUUGAUGGUGGACAAGACAACAAUCAACGUGGGCAGGCAGAGGUUUGAGAAGCUCAUCAGUGGCAUGUACCUGGGCGAGAUUGUGCGUCACAUCCUACUGGCGAUGGUGGACAAACAGCUCCUGUUCUGUGGCAAGCCCUGCCCCCAACUCCAGACCAGGGACAUCUUCAAGACUAAGUUCCUCUCCACCAUUGAGAUCGAUGGGCUGGCCCUAAGGCAGGUACAGACCAUCCUGCAGAACCUGGAAAUCCAGGCGAGCUUCGAGGACAGCACGCUGGUGCGGGAGGUGUGUGAGACCGUGUCCUUGCGGGCGGCCCAGCUCUGUGGUGCUGGCAUGGCUGCUGUGGUAGAGAAGAUGCGGGACAACCGGGGCCUGGACCGCAUGGCUGUCACCGUGGGGGCAGAUGGCACCUUGUACAAGAUGCACCCACGCUUCUCCCAGCGCCUCCAGCAGACCCUAGAGGACCUGGCACCCAACUGCACUGUCACCUUCCUGCGAUCAGAGGACGGCUCGGGGAAAGGGGCUGCGCUGGUGGCAGCCGUGGCGUGCCGUGGGGCCGAGCCCGAGGAACAACCACUGCUACCACCAACCCCUCAAUAAAGCACUU